AGGAUCUGCUCCGGGAAACGCAGUCGUUCUUUUUUUCCACCUGCGGAGCCUGAAGGCGGACAAACAGCUGCUACACCUUCUGGAUCUGAGAGGAAGAACCCGGGCGCACAGCAGCGAUGGUUUGCGGAGGAUUCGUUUGCACCAAAAAUGCGCUUUCUGCGCUCAACGUGGUUUAUGUGAUGGUGAGUCUGCUGCUGAUCGGCGUGGCAGCCUGGGGGAAAUGGUUCGGCCUGGUGUCCAGCAUCAGCGUGGUGGCGGCGGUCAUCGGGGUGGGCGUCUUCCUGUUGCUGGUGGCCUUCGUGGGGCUUUGCGGCGCCCUGAAGCACCAGCAGGUCCUGCUCUUCUUCUACAUGGUGAUCCUGUUCACGGUGUUCGUGUUGCAGUUCUCCAUCUCCUGCGCUUGUCUGGCUAUCAACAAAGACCAACAGAACAAGCUGCUGGAGGUCGGCUGGAACAAGUCUGAGGUGACCCAGAAAGAUGUGGAGAAAACGCUGAACUGCUGCGGGUUCUCUUCUGUCGACUACAACGGUUCCUGUCCCGCUGAGUGCUUCGCCAACCCUCAGACCUGCGACACCUGUUCCACCGCCCUGCAGAAAUACGCCGGCGAGGUGCUGCGCUUCGUGGGCGGCAUCGGCCUCUUCUUCAGCUUCACCGAGAUUCUUGGAGUUUGGCUGACCCACAAAUACAGAAACCUGAAGGAUCCUCGGUCAAACCCCGGAGCGUUUCUCUAACCGCUCGCCCCUAAAUCAAACCCAACAACUGCACUGCUGAAGAACUGCUUAGAUUUUUGUUAGACACGGUUUGUGGAAAUGUCCGUCUGCUUCGAUGUUAAUGAUUCACAAUGUUAAAUAUGUUCAGCAAUAUGUUUCAUUUGUGCCCAAACGGAGGAUGAACUGCAGCAUCUGUUGCGUCCAUUUGUUCAAUGAGACCGUACAGAUAGAAAACAUCCGCUGGAUUAUGAGGGUCACUUCUACGUAUUAUGGUUCACGUGGUAAUUAUAUAUCCUUAUCAGUCUCUUUAUUUAAUGAUGCACAUCGUUUUGGUUUUUUUUGUUUUUUUUUUUUUUUUUGGAGUUUAAGGUGGAAAUAAAGUUUGAUGCGCAACGUCUCUGAGCUCAAAGUAGAAUAAAAUUCCUCUGAGUCUGGAAGCGGUGAAGAUGUUCCUUUCUCUGCUGGUUUUUAAGUGAUUUAUUGUUUAAAACGGUGUAUAAAUAAAAUGAAGACAAGAAUAACUAAA